AAUCUUCAUCAGGCUACAUUUCCAAUCACCUAAACAACCGAGCAAGACAAGCCACUCCGACAAGGUUGGCUGCCCAGCGGGUCUCAGCGAGGGCGCGCGGUAGAUGGUGAACAGUCCCGGCGGCCGAGAGCAGGCCAGGCCCCCAGACGCAACAGCUUGAAGGAUUUCGCAGUGGGAGCCGUGAACUGCUCCUGGCCCAAGGCCCCCUGGAUCCGUCGGGGCGCCUCCACACGGCUGUUAGCAUGAUGUCUUACCUCAAACAACCCCCAUACGGCAUGAACGGGCUGGGCCUAGCUGGCCCGGCCAUGGACCUCCUGCACCCCUCCGUGGGCUAUCCCGCCACACCGCGGAAGCAGCGACGGGAGCGCACCACCUUCACGCGCUCACAGCUGGACGUACUCGAGGCGCUUUUCGCCAAGACUCGAUACCCUGACAUCUUCAUGCGCGAAGAGGUGGCGCUCAAGAUCAAUCUGCCAGAGUCCAGAGUCCAGGUUUGGUUCAAGAACCGCCGCGCCAAGUGCCGCCAACAGCAGCAGAAUGGGAACGGAACCAAGAGCCGGCCAGUCAAGAAGAAGCCGUCACCAGUGCGGGAGAGCUCGGGCUCGGAAAGCAGCGGCCAGUUCACGCCACCCGCAGUGUCUAGCUCUGCCUCUUCUUCUAGCUCAGCGUCCAGCGCCUCCGCCAACCCCGCGGCCGCUGCGGCUGCGGGCCUAGGUGGGAACCCGGGAGUGGCCGCAGCGUCCUCUCUGAGCACGCCGACCGCUUCAUCCAUCUGGAGCCCGGCCUCCAUCUCGCCCGGCUCAGCGCCGGCGUCCGUUUCCGUCCCAGAGCCACUGGCCGCGCCGAGCAACGCUUCUUGUAUGCAGCGCUCCGUAGCCGCAGGUGCCGCCACGGCAGCAGCCUCCUACCCCAUGUCCUACGGCCAGGGCGGGAGCUACGGCCAGGGCUACCCCGCGCCCUCCUCUUCCUACUUCGGCGGCGUGGACUGCAGCUCUUACCUUGCGCCCAUGCACUCUCAUCACCACCCGCACCAGCUUAGCCCCAUGGCACCUUCCUCCAUGGCAGGCCACCACCACCACCCACAUGCACACCACCCGUUGAGCCAGUCUUCAGGCCAUCACCACCACCACCACCACCACCACCACCAUCAAGGUUACGGCGGCUCUGGGCUUGCCUUCAACUCUGCCGACUGCUUGGAUUACAAGGAGCCUGGCGCUGCCGCUGCUUCCUCUGCCUGGAAACUCAACUUCAACUCGCCCGACUGUCUGGACUAUAAGGACCAAGCCUCUUGGCGGUUCCAGGUCUUGUGAGCCGAGGAGUCAGAGGAAAAGGAGAAGAAACGCAACUACCUACGCCCUCAGUGGUCCCCAUUCCUGUUGCUGCUGCUGCACCGCUCGCCUUUGCCUUGGCUUCUCCAGAACUGAAUUUCACUCCCCCAAAAGAUGCCCUUUGUCCGCACUGCCGCUCCCAUCUUUGUGCCACUUACCUGGGGGGAUGUGCAAACCCUCCUACCGUCUUGGAUGUGGGGCCCAGUGUUUCUGCUUGGCCCCCCGGUUCUUUAUGGUAUGGCAGUGUGCUCUCUUCCUCAACCUUUAGCGAACUCCUAUGUCACCCCUUCCAGUCCUUCUGGACAGCUAUUAUGCACUUGGAGCCAUCUGACGCUCUUCACUCUGACCCUCCGCGCUCAACACUUUUAUUUAUUCUUUCUAGACAGUGAAGUCACUAACUGGCGUGUAUCUACCCUUUGGAGUGUGCCCAUACACAGCACGCUAAAUCAAAACAACCACUGUUUCUCCUAGCAGACUGUCGCCCCUUCAGCUGCCCCUGAUCCAGCUCCCCAUCUGCAGGCCAGAGACCAGGCACUUCCACUUUCCGGGUGGUGAGCCCUGGGCCAGGUCUUCGGGAGGAGGGUGCCUCCUCCCCUGCCCUGUGCUGGACUGAUUCAGGCUUCCGCCUCGGCGCGGGAAUUCUGUACAUAGUCGGGUCCGUUCAAGGGACCACUUAAACUUUUUUUUGUUGCUGUUGGCUGAACUGAGCAUCUCUCGUUUUAGCGUCCAGGAAACAGAACUUUAAAAUAUAUACAGCAUAUAUAUAUACAUAUAUAUAUAAUUAUAAAACAAAAGCAAAAAUAUUUCCCGUUUGUUCCCGUUCCUCACUUUCUCAAACGAUGGCGCUUCUUAUUUUUCAGUUGUUACAAAGCUGUCCUGCCCUCUUCACAUCUUCUCCCUCUGUGUAUUUAUUAAGGAAAACCCCUUGGUUCCAGAAAGCUGGGCACUGGAGGAUCGGGAGUGAAGGAAACAGCUAAGUCAGGGUACCGGGGUGGGGGUGAGGCGGGGCGCAAGACUGCACCCUUCACCGGUCUAAGCACAGAGUCAAAGUUCUGGCUUAAAAACAAACAACAGCAAAACCAAAAGAAAACAGCCAAAAGAGGUGAAAUUACAGCAUCACGGAAAGCAACCCAGCCCCAAGCCCAAGUUCCAGUUCCUCCGUGGGUCUCUCUUUAAACAUCCCUGUUUUGUCUAGUGAGUUUUAGUGAACCCUCACUCUCCGAAAUCUGCGGAGAGCACCUAUGUAUCAAUUUUGGUUUUGGCCGGUUGGUCCAGUAGGUGGGAAAGUAAUUUGUAAAUUUGAUUCUGUACGAUGUGAAGAUCACAAAUUACUUGUUGAAAUGUAAGGCAGUCCGUCUCCUCUUCCUCUUAAUCUACAUUAUUUCCCGAAAAUAAACGCAAAUUAAUGAAUGGUUUGUCAGUGUUGCUUUUCUGGUUCCAGGUUCUGGUCUCCG